CUAAAAAAUAAAAAUUAAUUCAAACUAAUGUUCCGGUACCAGUUUCCAUCAUUUUUUUAUCUUAUCAUAUGAAUCAAAUAAUUCGAUUUUUCAGUGCGAUCAAUCUAUCAAUCCAUGUUAAGCUGGGAUAAAUAGCACAACUAUACGACCUUUGACUAACAAACAAAGUACCUUGAUGGAAGUUCAAGUGAUGGAACACCACGACGGAGAAGAGAUUCAUAAUUGUUUGAUCAAGCUGAGAAGUAAUCCAAAAAGGCGAAGGGAUAAGGUUUACAUUGGCUGUGGAGCAGGAUUUGGUGGUGAUAGGCCUUUGGCUGCUCUUAAGUUGCUGCAAAGAGUUCAAGAACUAAAUUAUCUAGUUCUUGAAUGCCUAGCGGAGCGUACUCUAGCCGAUCGAUAUCAAAUCAUGUUGUCUGGUGGUGAUGGUUAUGAUUCUCAGAUUUCUAGCUGGAUGAAUAUGCUGCUGCCUCUGGCUUUGGAAAGAGGAACUUGCAUAAUUACCAAUAUGGGUGCUAUGGAUCCUCUCGGUGCUCAACGGAAGGUUUUGGAAGUAGCUACUACACUUGGGCUUGAUGUUUCUGUCGCUGUUGCUCAUGAGGUUUCUGUUACAAGUUUAGGUUCAGGAUUUUCACCUACGAAAAAAUAUAUCAUGGAGGGUGGUAUUAGCACCUACUUGGGAGCUGCUCCAAUUGUUCACUGUCUUGAAAAAUACCAACCAAAUGUUAUAAUUACAUCAAGAAUUUCAGAUGUUGCUUUAUUCUUAGCACCUAUGGUUUAUGAACUAGGUUGGAACUGGGAUGAGUUAGAGCAUAUAGCUCAAGGAUCUCUUGCUGGCCAUCUUCUAGAAUGCGGUAGUCAACUCACAGGAGGAUAUUUCAUGCAUCCAGGAGAUAAGUACCGAGAUAUGUCCUUUGAGCAACUACGCGAUACAUCACUUCCGUAUGCUGAAAUCCGUUUUGAUGGACAAGUGUGUGUAGCAAAGGCUGAAGGUAGUGGAGGAGUUUUGAAUUUCAAUACAUGUGCUGAACAGUUACUCUAUGAGAUUGGAGACCCCAGUGCUUAUGUGACUCCUGAUGUAGUCAUUGACUUUCAUGAUGUUUCAUUCCUUCCAUUAUCAAGCUGUAAAGUUCUCUGUUUUGGGGCAAAAGCAUCUACUAUAUCGUUUCCUGAUAAACUUUUGCAGUUGAUUCCAAAGGAUUGUGGAUGGAAAGGAUGGGGAGAGAUAUCUUAUGGAGGCUAUGAAUGUGUUGAACGUGCUAAAGCAGCUGAAUAUCUGGUUAGAUCAUGGAUGGAAGAAACAUUUCCUGGUCUUAAUCACCAUAUACUUUCUUAUAUAAUUGGGUUUGAUAGCCUCAAAGCUGCUAGCAGCAAUGCAAAUGCUUCACCACAGAGGAAUAAUGAAGAUAUUAGGUUACGCAUGGAUGGACUUUUUGAGCUGAAGGAACAUGCUGUCCAAUUUACUAGAGAAUUUACAGCAUUGUACACAAAUGGACCAGCUGGUGGUGGGGGUAUCAGUACUGGAUAUAAGAAAGAGAUUCUUCUAGAAAAACACUUGGUUAGGCGAGACGACAUUUUCUGGCGAAUCGGGAUGAAGAGGAACAAAGAAAGUCACUCAAAUGAAGUAGUUGAUCAAGAGUAUAAUCUGAAACACACAUUGACAUUGCAACCAAACUUGCAAACUGAAACUGAUAAAUCCACCUCAGAAUUUGUUUCACGUUGUAGAAGUUCCACACCUGCACCAUCAGGCCAAAAGAUUCAACUUUACAAUGUAGCACACAGCAGAGCUGGAGAUAAAGGAAACGACAUCAAUUUUUCCCUCAUUCCGCAUUUUCCUCCUGACAUCGAGCGGUUGAAACCAAUUAUCACAUGUCAAUGGGUGAAAUCAGUGGUCUCGCCACUUCUUGAUUUGUCGCCUUCUCUUGAUUUAGAUGCAAGAAAUCAAAGAGACAAAUGGGUCAGUGAAAAUGUUAAAGUGGAGAUAUAUGAAGUUAAGGGAAUCCAGUCAUUGAAUGUUGUUAUCAGGAAUAUCUUAGACGGCGGUGUCAACUGUUCGCGAAGAGUUGAUCGGCAUGGAAAGACCAUCUCUGAUCUUAUAUUGUGCCAACAAGUUGUCUUGCCUCCAUGAUUAAGUGACUUGGUAUUCAUAUAGCAAUGUUUUAAUGAGUUUCACCUUGUGCCAUAGUGAUUAUGGAAAUGAAAUGAGAACUGAACUUGGCUAAAGUUUGAAUGAAAAAAAUAUUUUGAAGCUUUUAAGUGCUCUAUUUAAAGUAGAACUCCUUUAAUCAUAUUAUAGUCAAGGUGAGAAAUAAUCCAUUGUGUUCUUUAGUA